GAUAAUUUUUAUAUAUUUUCUUUAUAAACACUGUCUUUCUUUACACUCCACUUUACUCUACUAUUUUGGCAAAACAGCUGUGACUUGAGUUUUCUACCGCCAUAUGUGUGGUAUCUAUUCGGGUAUAUGUGUGCAUGUUUGCGUGAGUGAGUUAAUGUGGAUUUUGUUUAGCAAGCAGAGUUGUAUUUUUUGGCAGCUACGGUACGAAUGAAAAAAUCAAAAGCAAUCAAAAGAAAUUUUUGGAAGCGUUGUUUGCUGCUGGAGUGUAAAUUAAUCAAAAUUUUCCCAAUAAAAUUGUUUGAAGAUUUCCAAUGAACUUUUGACAGUGUUACAAUAACUUAUUAUUUACGGUUGGUUACUAUACAAACAAUUGAAACUGUAAUUUCUAUAUCGAUUUUCACGAGUCUUAAAAUACGUCGAAGUAGAAAGAGUAUAAACCGUGUCGUGUGUGAAAAGAAAAGACCCAAGAGUUGCUUGGUUUGGUGUGGUCUUAGAACGCUGGUCUUUAUAGUGAGUGUAGAACUGUACCACAAACCGCAAUAAAAUCCACUGUCUUGAAAAACAAGACAGUGGGCUGGUUUCAAGCCCUUUAAUCAUAUGGGAUGAAUAUUAUUGCAAGACUCUAGUUCUUCUAGUACCUGGCAGUAUUAACAGUGAAAAAAUCGUGAUUUACAAGGCGUUUGCGAAAAAUGUCUUCAGCUACUCAUGUUUGCCGUUUAUGCGCGAAUUUGAGCUACGAUGGCAGUUAUAUUUACAACAAUGAAGGACAGCCCUAUGAGUUGUACAACCUCAUCCGCAAUUGUUUGCCCACCAAGAUUAUAGAUCUCGAGAAAUUCAAGCAUAUCUCCAUUAUCUGUAAUGAAUGUUGGCAUUCUUUGGAGUAUAUACACAACUUUCAUCAAAAUAUAGAAAAGGCUCAGGAAAAGCUCUGCCAACAAUUUCCCGAUGCUGUUAAGAUGGUUAAAGAUUUUGUAAUCUUUGAGACCAUUGGCCAUAAUUUGAAUAUUAAGGUGGAGCAGGAGUUUAUUACUACAUCUCAGACUUGUGAGGGUGAAACCAGCAACAACAUUGCGGAGAUUUCCAACUCCAAUGAAUUGCUAGGAAUAGAAGAAAAAGAGUCUAAAGCUGCCCUAGAGUUUUUGGCAAUACAAAGCGAAGAUGUGGCUGAAACCAGUCCCAGACAUAUACUGAAGUUGUCAGCAUCAAAUCAAGGUUGCGAGGAUACUGAAGAUAAUGCAGUUGUUCCCGAGAGAAGUCCAACUCCCAAUGAACCUCAGCCCAGCUGCUCAUUUUAUGCAAAAUUCCCAACUGAAAAAGACUUAGCGGAUGACAACACCACUUCAAGUGAUGAUGAUAUACCCUUGGCAAAACGUUUUGCCAAAACUAAAUCCUUGACAUUAGAAGAUUCUGAUCCACAACCCCCAGAAGCUACCCAAAUUUCCUAUCCAAUGGAAACUGAUGUCACUAAGUUGUUCGAUUUCUAUUUUUCCCAAGUGAUGCCUGCAGUUAAAUGCGUAGUUUGCUUGGAAUUGUUUGAAACGUAUUCCUUGUAUCGCGAACAUUUCUACAAAGCCCAUCCCAAAAAACGCUUUCACAUUAUAUGUUGCUGUAAGAAAAUGGGUUCUGAUUACAUUAUCAAACGUCAUAUGCUGAACAAGCAUGAAAAUGUCCAAGCACCCCAAUGCCAGCAUUGCCAUUUGAAGUGUAUAACGAAAUCAAUUUUAAAAUCUCAUAUUACCAUACAUCAUGCCAAAAAAAAAAGAUUUUUUACCUGCACUGCAUGUACGCGCCAAUUUAAAACUCAGCAAUAUCUACGAUUGCAUAUAACGAGGGAUCAUACAUCCCAAAAUGUGAAGAUUUCAGCUGAGGAUAACCUCAAGAUGGGUAAGGCAUUGGUCGAAGAACUUAAACGUAAUGAUGCCGCAGUCCUAGAUGAACUAGUGGCCACUUGGCUACCCAGCAUACAGUGUGUUGUAUGCCCGGAAGUCUUGUCUAAAUAUUCCGUAUAUCGUGAACAUUUUCAAAAGACGCAUCCAUACAAGUAUUUUUAUCUCUCAUGCUGUGACACAAAGCUACAUAUAAAUAAAAAGGUGCUUGAUCAUAUGCUUUUUCACAAUAAUCCGGAGACUUUCAAGUGCAAGCCCUGCAACAGAUCUUUAACAAGCGAAGCCAAUUUGCGUGCUCAUAACCGAGACCACCACAUGACGACACAUGAUAAGAAAUAUUCAUGCCAACAAUGCGAUAUGGCCUUUACUACUCGUAGGGGACUUUCAUUUCAUUAUGCUCGAAAACAUAGCGUUCUUAGCAUGCCGGAAGAGGCUAUACAAGAAGAUGGCAGUUCUGUGUACAAUUGCAAGGAUUGUGAUUAUUCCACUCAGUCCUACAAUACAUUUGCCACCCAUCGUUGGUUUAAGCAUAAUCCUACUAGAACUUAUAACUGCCACGUUUGUGGUAAAAGUUUUAAAGUUGCCGCCAAAUUGCGUAAUCAUCUUAAUGCGCACGCCGGUAAUCGUAAUCAUUGUUCGAUUUGUGGCUCUUAUUUUAAGAAUUCCGAUGGGUUAAGGAGACAUCAACAAGUUUACCACCAUCAACAAGCCGUUGAGUCCAAUGCCAAAGUUCGACAUAGACAUGCGUGUUCUAUAUGUUCGGCCAAGUUUCCUCUGAGGCUAGCUUUAAAGUUCCAUAUGCAAACUGAACAUCCGGGUAAACAAAUUAAAAACAGUCGUAUCUCUUGUACGCUAUGUCCCUUAAAAUUUACAAAUCCCGCACAUUUUCGCUUACAUUUGCGUACGAAACAUGGAAAAACUUCUCUGGAAAUUAAGGAGGAGAUUGUUGAAGAGCAGGAUGUUGAAAUGUUGGAAGAAGAAUCUUGUGCUUUAGCUGGGGAUGACAUAAUGGAGCACGAAAACAGUUUGCUUGGUAUUAAUGAGGAUAUAGUUGAAGAGAAGGCUGAAGUUUCAAACGAAGAACUAUUGGAUGAAUCUAUGAAAUCAAAAAAAAAAGCAUUUGCCCAGAAUCAUUAAAGAAGUUUGGAAGAAGAACAACUCUUAGAUGAAUCUUACAUAUAUUAUGAAGCUGAUAUUUGUGCAUAUGUACUUAUUUAUCUUUUAUCCAUGUCUAACAAGUUUUUCAAAUACAUGCCACCUACUGAUUAAUUUUUAAAAUUUGCCGAGUUCUGAGGAUUUUACUCAACAUCGAACAAAAGGAAUCAUUUCUGGCUCUUCGCAAGUCUAUAUUUAUAGUCUUAUCUGCAAGGAAGAGAUAGUUAAAGAGGAGGGUGUUGAAAUGUUGGAAGAAGAAUCUAGUGCCUCAGCUGAGGAUGACAUAGAGGAACAUAUAAACACUUUGCUUGAUAUUAAGAAAGAUAUAGUUGAAAGGAAGGCUGGAGAUUCAAAGAAAGGAGAAGAACUAUUGAAUGAAGCUAUGAAAUCAUAAAGAAGCAUUUACUGAAGAAUCAUUACAAAAGAAUGCUGAAGUUUCAGAAGAAGAUGAAUCUAGUGCAUCAAAUAAAAGAAUUCAACACCACCCUAUAUUUUAAAGCUGACAUUUGCCGCAUUCUUAUUUAUAUUUUAUCCAUGUCUAACAAGUGUUUCAAAUACAUACGUACCACCUAUUGAUAAAUUUUUAAAAUUAAAUCUGAACAGAAAGUUAGGAAUUCCGUGGUACUUACAAAAUCCUUAAUUGUUUUCAAUGCCACUCCCCUAAGUUGGUUCAUGUCUGAUAUUGUGUCUCCACCUAAGUACGGGUAUCUAUUGGGCGCGAAAGCCGGACAAUGACAAAGGAAAUGCUCCAACGUCUCAUCAUCUUCCCCGCAUGCCCUACACUUGCUAUCACUUGCCGCACCGAUUUUCCCGUUAUGAUACCAAUAGCUAUACUGAUCUCCUUCUUGUUUCCUUUCAGUAAUAGCCUCGUCUUCUCACGAUCUAGAUUCGCCGUCUUACCGACCGUUUCGCUGUUCCACAAUAUUGAAUGCGCAUUCGUCGCCCACUUUCUUAACUCGGACUCCGUCGAGCCGAAAGGCUUCGGGUUAACAAGAAUCGAUAUUUACCACCCACUUAUUUGUUUUACAAUAUUUUCCAAAUCGUUAUUUAUCGUCUCGCAAUUAAAAUAAGAAAUCUGUUAUAAAAUUCUUAUCUUAUACAUAUUC